AGAGCGACGUCGUUUGAAGGUUGUCGUACGGAACACGCCCCCAAAGUUGACUCUUCAAACAUCGAAAAUUUCAGUCAACACCAUAAAAAAGAAGAAGAAGAAAAAGAGGGGGAAAAAGAAAAGGAAGAAGAAAAUAGUAGCACUGUGCAGUAAAUGAUUCUUUGUGUAAGUGUGUUCAGAACACAACUCGAACACGAAUAAGAAUAAGAAAGAAGAGAGAAGAAAGAAUUGAAGAGUGUGAAAAAAAAAAUCUAAUUGUAAUGGCGGAGAGUGGGGGUCGUAGUGGUAGUGCCAGUGUGUGGGAGGGUGUAUUGGAGCUUACCAAGUGGGCGCAGCAUCACAACACGGACCCACUAUUAUGGUCCAUUCAGCUCACCUCCGCCCUCAACGCCGCCUCCGUCCGCCUCCCCUCGCCGGAGCUAGCCUACCGUCUCGUUUCCCACAUCUGCUGGGAAAAUCACGUGCCUAUCACGUGGAAGCUUCUAGAAAAAUCUAUUUCCGUUAAUAUCGCUCCUCCGCUACUCGUCCUCUCUCUCCUCUCCUCCGCGGUCAUCCCCUGCCGCCGCCUCCACCCCUCCGCCUUCCGCCUCUACCUCGACCUCCUCAACCGCCACGCCUUCUCUUCUCUCUCCUCCACAAUAACUUCCCCUAACUACCGUACCGUUAUGGAUUCCGUUGACGCUGUUCUUCAGUUGUCGAAGGUGUACGGUACUUGCAGCGAAUCUGAGGAUGGCGGCGCUGGCGGUGUUGUUAUUGUUAGGUUCGUUUUUACGGUUGUGUGGCAGUUGGUGGAGGCGUCGUUGGAAGAUGAAGGGUUGCUUGAGCACAAGCCUAGGUGGUGGAUGAAUAAUAAUGGAGGUUUGGGUGGUGACGGUGGUGGUGAUGGCGGGAGCUACUUUUCCGAGCAGAAAGAGGGUUUGCAGCGGGCGAAUACGGCAAUGGCUAUUGAGACAAUUGCGAGGUUCAUGAGUGACAAAGUAACUUCGAGAAUACUUUCGCUGGUUCAUCGAAACAUGCCAAAUCAUUGGGUGGCUUUUGUUCAACAACUACAGAGGCUUGCAGCAAAUUCAUUAGUUUUGAGGAACAUGAAGCAUGUUACUCCUGACUCCCUUUUACCUUUUGAUUUGAAAUCUAAUAAAGGGUUUAAACUAUUGUCUCCUGAAUUCAAAACAACACGUAAAUUGGAACUUAAUGCAGUCAUGGCAGCUGCUGCUGGAUCUGUUCAAUCCUGUAAUGACACUUGGUCUUUGCUUUGGCUUCCUAUUGAUCUUGUUCUUGAAGAUGCAAUGGAUGGAGAUAAUGUGGCAGAGACUAGUGUUGUUCAAGUUCUUUCUGGUCUGGUGAAGGCUUUAAAAGCAGUUAAUGGCACUGCAUGGCACAAGGCUUUUUUAGGAUUAUGGAUUGCAGCACUACGACUUGUUCAAAGAGAGCGGGAUCCAAGUGAGGGUCCAGUACCCCGCCUUGAUACUUGCUUGUGUAUGCUAUUAUGCAUUACAACCCUUGUGGUUGCUAAUAUCAUCGAAGAAGAGGAAGGUGAACUGAUGGAAGAAGCUGUACGUAGCCCUACUAAUCAAAGUAAGGACAACCAGGCUUUGGGUUUUUUUGGAAGACCAAAUAUAUCAUAUGACCCCAUCUUAGACAUGCCUGAGCCAAAUCAUUGGGUGGCUUUUGUUCAACAACUACAGAGGCUUGCAGCAAAUUCAUUAGUUUUGAGGAACAUGAAGCAUGUUACUCCUGACUCCCUUUUACCUUUUGAUUUGAAAUCUAAUAAAGGGUUUAAACUAUUGUCUCCUGAAUUCAAAACAACACGUAAAUUGGAACUUAAUGCAGUCAUGGCAGCUGCUGCUGGAUCUGUUCAAUCCUGUAAUGACACUUGGUCUUUGCUUUGGCUUCCUAUUGAUCUUGUUCUUGAAGAUGCAAUGGAUGGAGAUAAUGUGGCAGAGACUAGUGUUGUUCAAGUUCUUUCUGGUCUGGUGAAGGCUUUAAAAGCAGUUAAUGGCACUGCAUGGCACAAGGCUUUUUUAGGAUUAUGGAUUGCAGCACUACGACUUGUUCAAAGAGAGCGGGAUCCAAGUGAGGGUCCAGUACCCCGCCUUGAUACUUGCUUGUGUAUGCAGGGUUUACUGAAUCCUCCUCAAUCUGUUACCUCGGUAGCCAAUCAGGCUGCUGCCAAAGCUGCUAUGUUUGUAUCAGGGCAUGCUGUUGGUAAUGGAUACUUGGAAUCCAUGAACGUGAAUGAGUUGCCUACAAACUACUCUGGUAACUUGUGGCAUCUGAUUGUCGAGGCCUGUAUUGCAAGAAAACUGAUUGAUACUACAGCUUAUUUUUGGCCCGGUUAUGUGAGUGCGGCUUACAAUCAACUACCUCACAGCAUUCCUAACCAUUUACCUAGCUGGUCAUCAUUGGUGAAGGGAUCACCACUAACUCCUCAGUUGGUUAAUGUCCUAGUGGCAACUCCUGCUUCCAGCUUAGCGGAGAUUGAGAAAAUAUUUGAGCUUGCAAGAAAUGGCUCGGAUGAAGAGAAGUUAUCUGCUGUUACUGUUCUUUGUGGGGCAUCACUAGUACGUGGUUGGAAUGUGCAGGAGCACAUCAUAUUUUUCAUCAUAAACUUGCUGUCACUUGCAGUUCCUCCCAACUACUCUGGAAGUGAAAGCCAUUUGAUCAGCCAUGCACCAUUUUUGAAUGUCCUCCUGGUAGGAACUUCAUCCGUAGACAGUGUUCAGAUGUUCUCCCUCCAUGGUGCGGUUCCUCUACUUGCAGCUGCGCUAAUGCCAAUAUGUGAGGUUUUUGGCUCAUGUGUUCCUAAUGUGUCCUGGAGUUCUGCAAGUGGAGAAAAGAACUCUUGUCAUGCAGUGUUCUCUAAUGCAUUUAUUCUACUACUAAGGUUGUGGAGGUUCAAUCAUCCACCUAUUGAACAUGUAAUGGCGGGUGCAGCAUCUCCAGCAUUUGGAUCGAAGUUAGGUCCUGAGUACCUUCUAUUGGUUCGGAAUUGUGGCUUAGCUGAGUUUGGGAAAUCACCAAAAGAUCAGAUAAGCAGCAGGAGAUUUUCAAAAAUGAUUAGUCUUUCUCUAGAGCCCAUAGUUAUGGAUUCGUUUCCAAAAUUAAAAACUUGGUAUCGACAACAUCAAGAAUGUAUCGCAUCAACCCGAUCUGCUCUUGCUCCUGGAGGGCCUGUUUAUCAGAUUGCUGAUUCACUACUGAGCAUAAUGUUCAGGAAAAUAAAUAGAAGUGGUCAGUCGUUGACUCCUUCAACUUCAGGAAGCAGUAAUUCAUCUAGUUCUUCACUGGAUGAUGCUUUGAUGAAACUCAAGGUGCCGGCAUGGGAUAUUCUUGAAGCAGUUCCGUUCGUUCUUGAUGCUGCUCUUACAGCUUGUGCUCAUGGAAGAGUUUCUCCCCGUGAAUUGGCUACAGGUCUCAAAGAUCUUGCUGAUUUUCUUCCGGCAACUUUGGCUACAACUGUAAGCUACUUAUCAGCUGAAGUUACACGUGGUCUAUGGAAGCCGGCUUUUAUGAAUGGAACUGAUUGGCCUAGCCCUGCAGCAAAUUUAUCAACCGUGGACCAACAGAUCAAGAAAAUUUUAGCGGCCACAGGUGUUGAUGUCCCAAGCCUUGCUAUAGAUGGCAGUGUUCCAGCUACACUUCCUUUGCCCUUGGCAGCUUUUCUAAGCCUUACCAUAACAUAUAAACUGGACAAAAAUACUGAGCGCAUCCUUGUGUUGAUUGGCCCGUCGUUGAUUGCCCUUUCUGCUGGUUGCCCCUGGCCAUGCAUGCCCAUUGUAGGUUCUUUGUGGGCUCAGAAGGUAAAGCGAUGGAGUGACUUUUUUGUUUUCUCUGCUUCUAGAACCGUCUUCCACCACAGUAGGGAUGCUGUAGUUCAGCUCCUAAAGAGUUGCUUUGCAUCCACCCUAGGGCUUGAUUCUGCCUGUCUUUAUAAGAAUGGUGGUGUUGGUGCCCUCCUUGGUCAUGGCUUUGGUUCUCACAUUUAUGGCGGGAUGUCCCCAGUUGCCCCUGGGAUUCUCUACUUAAGAGUUCACAGGUCUAUUAGAGACGUCAUAUUCUUGACAGAAGAGAUUUUAUCUCUUCUAAUGCUUUCGGUGAGAGAGAUAGUAACUGGCGAGUUGCUGAAGGGUAAACAGGAGAAGAUAAAGAAGACCAAGCAUGGAAUGAGAUAUGGACAUGUUUCUCUUGCUGCAUCAAUGACACGUGUCAAGCAUGCCGCACUUCUGGGGGCUUCCUUUCUUUGGAUAUCUGGUGGUUCAGGUUUGGUUCAAUCUUUGUUAACCGAAACAUUCCCUUCCUGGUUUUUAUCAACUCAAGAUUUUGAGCAGGAAGUUGGAGAGUCUGGAGUAAAGGUUGCCAUGCUGAGAGGCUAUGCACUGGCAUGUUUUGCUGUGCUAAGUGGGAUGUUUGCUUGGGGUAUAGACUCUUCGUCGCCCACAUCGAGACGGCGACCAAAGAUUCUUGGGAUCCAUUUAGAUUUUCUUGCCAACGCCAUGAACAGUAAAGUAUCACUGCGCUGUGAUUAUGCGACCUGGCGUGCUUAUAUGACCGGGUUCAUAAGCUUGAUUGUAAAUUGCGCGCCUCUGUGGAUCGAGGAACUUGAUGUGGGUGUGUUGAAGAGAGUGAGCAAGGGAUUAAGACAGUUCGACGAAGAAGAUUUGGCUCUGCGCCUUUUAGAAAUCAAAGGCACAAGGGCCAUGGGUGAGGUGGUUGAAAUAAUAUGCCAAAGUAGGUUCUAACUGGUGCUCACCGCUGCUGACCAAGACUUAUGAUUAUUUUUGCAGUUAGGGUAUGUUGAUAUAAUUCUUUCAGGAUUAUAGUAUUUGAUUUUACACUUGCUGCUACUUUGUACAUAGCCAUGUAAAUCUCAUAUAUAGUGCCCCUUGAAUUUGUACUGUUUUGUAUUUGCAUCUCUCAAUUAAACACGAAGUCACGAAUUAUUACAUUAUAUAUUGUUAGCAGAUUUUCUUGGUA